AUGGAGUUAUCACCAGGCGAAGAUAAGUUUCUUUUUCCACUUACAUUUUUGAAUGGCUCAAUGCUAACCUCUCAUAAUACAGGAUGGGGCCACGUGGAUUAUGACUGGAGGCACAUCUUUGGCAUAUUGAUUUGGAGACUUUGGAAGCAAAGGAAUAACUGUCUUCCAGGGACAAAUCUGGUUUACCCAAGAAAUGUUGAAGUCAGCUUGGACGUGGCCAAAGCUAUAAAGCUGGAGAACACUAGUGGCAAUCGGGAUCUAAGUCCGCGGAAACAGAAGCAACUCCCAAACUGUGAUGGAUCGAUUCAUCAACCUUCCAUGGAAGCAACCAGUGAGGGGGUCAUUCGUGAUAAUGCUGGCCGGUCGGUCGUGGGAUAUCAUCGAUAUAUAGGUUUAUGCCCCAUAUAUCAAGCCGAGCUGUGGGCGGUCUUAGACGGUCCAAAUGUCGCUUGGGAUCUUGGCCACCGCAACAUCAUCUUGGAGAUGGAUAAUAACGUGGCAGUUCGACAGAUUAAUUCCUCUAAACGGUGCCAUGGGAAUGCCCUUAUCAGACGUAUCCGAGCACUCCUCGAUAAACGUUGGAGUGUGCAAACAAUGUACAUUCAACGAGAAGCUAACUCCGUAGCUGAUACCCUUGCUCGAAGUGGAAGAAUGGACUCACUUGAUCUGCUCUAUAUGUAUAUUACUCUGAGGGAGAUCCAACCUCUGCUCCAAGUUUAUAAUGCUAGUUUAGCUUAUGCGUUAACCCACUGA